AUCAAGCUGACGAACAACAGUUUCUAUCGAGAAUUAGUAUAAUAAUUGAGAAAAGUACAUUGAAUACCACAUGAAUCCAGACGUGACCUACUCUCCCAGUGCACCACUUCGAGCCUUUAAAAUCUCGUUCACUAGAAGCUUUGGUAAAUAACCUGUAUUCAGUUGACCAACCGAGAUGCGGUACCUGGCAUUAGUAGGCUGGCUUCUCCUGCCCUCGAUUCAGGCACAAGCACCACCUGUAGCGGAGCAGUCCACCAGCUUCAACUCUACAUUCGCCCUGACAGACUCGCAAAUCUCUGGCGCAAACCUUACCGGAGAACAAGCCAAGGCCAUAAACACGGUCGUCAACUUCGAGCGCAGCCAACAUGCCAACGGCGGCGUGUUCGAGGACGAGUUCUACACGCUCCCGCCGCUGAUCAACGGGACCGUACCCGCAGCGGGUGCGAUCCUCAAGCUCCAAGACUUCACCCCGACGGAGAGUUUCGCACUUCCGCCCAAUACUGCGUUGAGUCGGUUUCUCUACACGACGCAGAACCUCAACGGCACGGUGAUACCGGCAAGCGCUUUCGUCUUGUGGCCAUACACGCCACGCCAGUUUGAGAGUGAAACCUCGACCCGUGAUGUACAUGACAACUCUACUCAAAAGGCCCCCGUCGUCCUCUGGACCCACGGUACGAGCGGCUUUUUCGCCAGGGCGGCCCCGUCGACAGACAGGAGCCUGUGGUACGGCCAUGCCGCCCCCUUCGCGCUCGCGCAGGCCGGGUACGCCGUGAUCGCCCCGGAUUAUGCCGGACUCGGGAUCUCGGCGUCCUGGGACGGCAGCGAGAUCCCUCACCAAUACCUGGCGAGCCCUGUCAGCGCCAGCGAUGCGCUAUACUCCCUGCGGGCCGCCUUUGGGGCCUUCGGGGACAAGCUGGACGGGCGAUUCGCGGUCCUGGGCCACAGCCAGGGCGGCGGCGUCGCGUGGGCGGUCGCGGAGGCCCUGGAGAGCUCGGCCGGGUUCGCAGACCUGGCGCGGGCCCACGUGGGCACGGUCGCCGCGUCCCCCACCACAGACGUAUUCACCGGUGUGCCCUCGUUCAUCGUCCCGUGGCUCAGCCUGUUCCUGGGGGGCAUCUUCCCCUCCUUCCGCCAGGAUACGUGGCUCACGCCGCUCGGCAUCGCGCGGGCGGGGCUGCUGAAGGAGAUCCAAGGCGGCAUCGCCGUCAGCACUCAGUUGUUUUUUUCGCUUCCUGCUGGAGAGCUCCUGCAGCCUGGCUGGAAUGAGAGCUACUAUGCGGCGGCGUACGGCGGGCUCGCCAAUGCGGGCGGGAAGAAGUUCAGGGGCCCCAUGCUGGUGCUUCAGGGAGGAGAUGAUAUGUAUGUUCCAUACCCAACGACGACCAAGACUGUCGAGGACACGUGCGAGCGUUUCUCUGAUAGUGACCUGGAGUAUCUCGUUGCGCCGGGGGUGGGUCAUGUUCCGAUGCUCGUCGGUACAAUGCACACUUGGUUGCAGUGGAUCCAAGACCGCUUUGAGGGGAAGCCGCUCAAGAAGAACGGCUGCGUAACGAAUCAAGUCCAAAGUCUGCUACCGCAUGGACAAUAUCAGGCGGCUGGGAAUUCAUUUUUGCAAUGGGCAGGCGCGACGAAAUACAGCUACGAAACGUCCUUGGGCCCAUAGACAGGCGUCUAGGGUCCAGGAUAGCCUAGGGAGAUGACAACGGCUGAUACAAGCUCUGAGUAUGUAGCUGUCUGCUGAAUGUUUCCUGGUUACCAGGCAUGUAAAUAACAAAAGCGAAGCAUAUGAUAGACGAACAUGCUGGCAGAUACUUGAUACAUAUAAAGUGGUGAAGUGCAUGAGAGUGGUCAGUUGCGGUUCCAUACGCCGUGAAAA